GUUCCCUGAGGCGGAGCAGCACUGAACAGGAGCGGGUGCCCGCGGAAGAGGAGGAGGAGGAGAAGGAGGAGAAGGAGGACGGGGGGGACAGGCCGGCUCCCUCCCCCGGGCCGGCCGCCGGGGUUGUGGAUGCCUAGGGGCCCCGGGGCGUAGCUGGGCGCUCGCCCUCUUCCCCCUUUCCUCCUUGGCAUCCCCGGCCCCGCCAUGGGCUGCUGCAACUCCACCUCCGCAGCACAGAGCUCUAAACGAGAGUGGAAACCUCUGGAGGAUCGAAGCUGUACAGAUUUACCAUGGUUACUGCUUUUCAUCCUCUUCUGCCUUGGGAUGGGAUUUAUUUGUGGCUUUUCAAUAGCAACAGGUGCAGCAGCAAGACUAGUGUCAGGAUACGACAGCUAUGGAAAUAUAUGUGGGCAGAAAAAUGCAAAAGUGGAAAGAAUACCUAACAGUGGCAUCGACCACACCCAUCGGAAGUAUGUAUUCUUUUUGGAUCCAUGCAAUUUGGAUUUGGUAAAACGGAAGAUCAAGUCUAUUGCUCUGUGUGUAGCAGCAUGUCCAAGCCAUGAACUGAAAACAAUGUAUGAAGUCCAGAAUUUUGCAGACAAGAAUGGUUCUGCUUUAUGUACCUACAACUUAAAGCCAUCAGAAUACACUACACAUUCAAAAGCCUCUGUUUUCUGCCCCAAACUCCCAGUUCCUGAAAGUGCACCUAUUCCAUUCUUCCAUCGCUGUGCUCCUGUGAACAUUUCCUGCUAUGCCAAGUUUGCAGAGGCCCUGAUCACCUUUGUCAAUGACAAUAGUGUCUUACACAGGCUGAUUAGUGGAGUAAUGACCAGCAAAGAAAUUAUAUUGGGACUUUGCUUGUUAUCACUAGUUCUAUCCAUGAUUUUGAUGGUGAUUAUUAGGUACAUAUCCAGAGUACUUGUAUGGAUCUUAACAAUUCUGAUCAUACUGGGUUCACUUGGUGGCACAGGUGUGCUGUGGUGGUUGUAUGCUAAGCAAAGAAAAUCUCCCAAAGAAACUGUUAUUCCAGAACAACUUCAAAUAGCUGAAGACAAUCUCCGGGCCCUUCUCAUCUAUGCCAUUUCAGCUACAGUAUUCACAGUGAUCUUGUUCUUGAUUAUGUUAGUAAUGCGCAAGCGGGUUGCUCUCACCAUUGCCUUGUUCCAUGUGGCUGGCAAAGUCUUCAUUCACUUGCCACUCCUUGUCUUCCAACCAUUUUGGACCUUUCUUGCUCUUCUCCUGUUUUGGAUGUACUGGAUCAUGACUCUGCUUUUUCUUGGCACUCUAGGUAGUGCUAUCCCAAAUGGUGAAUUUGUGGAAUUUGAAGUUUCUGGCCCUCUACAAUACAUGUGGUGGUACCAUGUAGUGGGGCUGAUCUGGAUAAGUGAAUUCAUUCUAGCCUGUCAGCAGAUGACUGUGGCAGGGGCUGUAGUAACAUAUUAUUUUACAAGGGAUAAAAGGAAUCUGCCAUAUACUCCUAUUCUUGGGUCAGUGAACCGACUUAUCCGCUAUCAUCUUGGUACUGUGGCAAAGGGAUCUUUCAUUAUUACUUUAGUGAAAAUCCCCCGAAUGAUCCUUAUGUACAUUCAUAACCAGCUUAAAGGAAAGGAAAAUGCCUGUGCUCGAUGUAUGCUGAAAUCUUGCAUCUGCUGCCUUUGGUGUCUUGAAAAGUGCCUAAAUUAUUUAAAUCAGAAUGCAUACACAGCCACAGCUAUCAACAGCACCAACUUCUGCACCUCAGCAAAGGAUGCCUUUGUAAUUUUAGUGGAGAAUGCUUUGAGAGUGGCUACCAUCAACACAGUGGGAGAUUUUAUGUUAUUCCUAGGCAAGAUCCUGAUAGUCUGCUGCACAGCAUUAGCAGGGAUUAUGCUGCUAAACUACCAGCAGGAUUACACAGUAUGGGUACUGCCAUUGGUCAUUGUUUGCCUCUUUGCUUUCCUGGUCGCUCACUGUUUCCUGUCCAUAUAUGAAAUGGUCGUGGAUGUAUUGUUCUUAUGCUUUGCCAUUGAUACCAAGUACAAUGAUGGAAGUCCUGGCAGAGAAUUCUACAUGGAUAAAGUGCUAAUGGAAUUUGUGGAGAACAGUAGAAAAUCCAUGAAAGAGGCUGGUAAGGGAGGGGCUGCUGAUUCCAGAGAGCUAAAACCGAUGGCUUCGGGAGCAAGUUCAGCUUGAAUCUAGCCGACCAUUACGGAACCCAUUG